ACCUCCCUGCAAGGGGCCUUUAUCUCCUGGAGCCUAGAGCGUCGAAAAAAGUCCUAUUAGGAGGAAAGGCGGGAGCGGAGAAUUUGCCUGGUUUCAUUAAUAAUUCACUUUUAAAGCCAAAAAAAAAGCAUUUUUAGAGGCGAGCCUCUAAAUUUGCGAAGCAAGACUUCUUUUGCUUGGGUCAGAGCCACUUCUGCCACCCCUGGGCAUGAGUUUUUUGCAAGUGCGACUAUCAAGUCGAAAUUGCAAUUUUACUUUUUGAGGGAGUGCAAAGCUGCAAUGAACUCGGCCAAAACUCGCUACUUAAUAUUCUUCCAAUACUUCGGGGCCAAAUAUAGUGGUGUGAAGGCUCUGCCCCCCAGCAUGCCAGCAGUUGGUGUGGAAAAUCACCUCGAGAAGGCUGCAGAAAAUCUCAGAGCAACUGAGCCGGUCAAAUUUGUCGUCUCCAGCCGCACAGAUGCUGGGGUGCACGCCCUCUGCAACACGGCCCAUCUUGACCUCCAGAGGAAGGAGGGGCAGCCCCGCUUCUCUGAAGAGGUUCUUGUCCAGGUGCUCAACAAGCAUCUCAGUUCCGAGCCCAUCCGCGUUCUGAGCGCCUGUAGGGUUUCCAACAGCUUCCACGCCCGCUUCUCGGCCCGGGCCAGGACCUACGUCUACCGCGUGGCCACAGGCUGCACAACCUAUUCCGACCUGCCAGUCUUCGAACAGGAUCUCUGCUGGGCAAACUGGCGCGGCCACCUGAACUUGGCCGCCAUGCAGGAAGCAGCCACUUUCCUGGCGGGCACCCACGACUUCUCUACCUUCUGCUCAGCCAGCUCAGAGAUGUCAGCCAGAAGCCCCAUCAAGACACUGAACUGGGUGGAGGUGAGGCCUUCCCAGGGCUUCCUUUCCGAGCACAGCAAGGACAGCAACCUGAAGUUUUGGGAACUAGAGUUUGUAAGCCGAUCCUUCCUGUACAAACAGGUGAGGCGGAUGGUCGGGGCACUGGUAGCCGUGGGCCAGUCCCGGCUACAACCGCACCACAUCCAAGAACUCCUAGCAGCCCGGGACUUGAUGGCUUAUCCCCCAAACACCAUAGCACCCCCGGACGGACUCUUCCUCAAGCAUGUGGAGUACGACAAAACUGACUUGGAGACCGAAGAUUGACGUGUAGCAUUAAUUUUCUGCCUAGGGUUUAUAUACGUUGCCGGAGGAAAUAAAUAAAUAAAAAAUUCUCAUUUUCUUACGCUCUGCAGGCAUUUGUUAAUAAACCCACCUAAUCCGAAAUUUGAGUAGGUCUGUGCUGAGAGACGAUCCCUUUUCGGGACAGCGGAGAAAGGAACGGACUCCAAAUGAUUUCAGAUUUAAUUGCUUCCUGGGCCUCCUAUUCUCUGAUAAGCAGAUGGGGGGGUGAGGGGGCUGUUGAAAACGCCCUCUUUUUAAAAGGCUGCUCCUGCUGUGUUGCAGCCCACAUAGUCAAAAACAGUAUUUAUGUACUCAGUAGAGCAAAAAAAAAAAAAUUCCCUUUUAAAUCCUCCCUCACCUUUUCAGUUACCCAUCUGGGAUCGGCCAUGAGAUCUGGAAGUCUGGAUUGCAGAUCCUUGAGUAAUUGUCUUACUAACAGGCGAGAUACAUGCAGUUUUGUUAAUGAGCGUUUGUAGCACUAAUUUUCCACAAUCCUGGAGAACGACAUGACAUUCCGCUUCUUACGGCUACUUCUGCGUUCUCCGUGCCUGUUUUGCGAGCGUAUACCGCCUUAAGGGCCUCACCUUUCAAGUCUUCUGCCCAUAAUUCGUCCCCAGGUCAAGUACCAUCUUGAGAUCCUCAGCUGAAUUUAAGUCUCUAGUCCUUAGUAACAAAUCAAGAAACUGCUGCUCGGUACAGAAUUUGCUUUCCCUCCACCACCAGCCACCAGCAAAGUACAAACCGUUGCCAGCUUUCACUUGUGCCACACAACCACGCUGGGUUGGAGUUUGCCAAAGACUUUUUUAAAGACUCUC